UGAUUAAAUACUUGAAUUUUAAAUAAAAUCAAGUGUAAAUAUAAAUGCUGUUAUCAUGAUAACAAUGUGAGUGUGUUACUAGGAGGAAAAAAAUAUUAGAUAAAGAAAAAGUGUCAACAAAGUCAAGGGCUCCAAACAAGUUGAUGAUAAUAAACACAUACCAUGUGUAAAGUUAUUUAAAAACAUAAAAGAAUAAUCAUCAAACAUCAUUGUAAUUUAAUUAACAAAUAAAUUUAACUAUUAUUGUGUCAAAAAGAUCAAUAAAAGGUUGAGGUUAAGUGCCUAUAAAUUAUUGUAAUAAACAAUAUAUAAAAUCAAUUUUCCUGCAUUGUCAUCAAUAUAAAGUUCAAGGAAAUUAAAUAAUUUAUAAAUUUAUUAAUAAUAAAUAAUAUCAUCAUCAAUGGAGACAUUAUGGCGACAAGCAUUAAAAACAUUUUCAGGAUGUCAAAAUAAUACCUACAAAUUGUGUCCAAAAAAUUUUGAAAAAUUAAAAUAUUUAAUGAAUAAUAUGACAUGUAAUGAUGUCAAAGUUGAUAAAACAAUUUUAGAUAUUGUUGAAAAACAAGAUGCACCAAUGAGUGUUAUAAAUAUUUAUGAAAAUAAUGAUAUAACAAUUGCAAUAUUUUUAUUGAAACAUGGUGUCACAUUGCCAAUGCAUGAUCAUCCUGGUAUGCAUGGUUUACUCAAGGUAAUAUGUGGAAGUGUUAAAAUUGAUACGUAUACAAUUCAAGUUGAACCUGAUGAAAAGAUUAAUUAUCAUGAAGGUGUAAUGGCUGUCAAACAUCCACCAAUAAUUGCUGAUAAAAAUAGUUCAGCAUGUGUUUUAUCACCUGAUGAACGUAAUUUUCAUGAAAUACAUUGUACAAAUGGUCCAGCAGCAUUUCUUGAUAUACUAAGUCCACCAUAUGAUAUUGAUUAUGAGGAAUUUGAUAAGAGCAUUAGACCAUGUACAUUUUUUCGUCAAUCAUCACAAGAUAAUCAUUCAAUAAAUGAAACUAAUGUUAAAUUAAUUGCAUUUGAAUUACCAUCAAAAUUUUAUUCAACAAAUCUUCAGUAUCUUGGACCACCAUUGAGAUGAUCUAGGAUAUUAUUUUAAUUUAUUAUAUUAACAAAGCAUCAAUAAGGCGUACUACUUUAAUUCCAAAGUUUCCAAAUAUAUUAUUUAAUUUUGUUUAAUUUAUAUAAUUUAACUCUCUAUUUUUUCUAUUUCUUUCUCUCUCUUUUUUUUAAAUUAAUUUAUUUAUCAUAAGCAGUAUGAUAUUUUUUUAGAUGAUGGAAAAUUAUUUCGUUUAAUAGAUUUUCAAUUAAAUUAAUUAUUCAAAUUUAUUAUUUAUUUUUAAAAUUAUUUAAAUGAUAUUUUUUUGUUCUUUUUUUUAUUAUAAAAACGACAACUCUUUUUCACUUGCUCUCAUGAAAUUUGUUAUUCCUUUUUCUGUUGUCAGUUGAAAUUAACAAAUUUUUUUUGUUUUAAAUUUAAGAAGAGUUUAAGAAUGUAAAACGAAAUUGCAAAUCCUCUGUGAGCUUGUUGGCAAAAAUUUGAGAGCCACAUAAUUACUGAAAAAAAAAUAUUCUUGAUUUUUGAAAAUAAUUGAAUUAGUCAAGUGCAUCGAUAAUGAUAAUGAUGUCAUUUGCUGACCAAAAAAGAAAUAAAUAAAUUUAAAAUUGUUAUAAUUAAAAAAUAAAUUUUUAAAAAUUGUAUACGAAAAGUACUUAACAAGUUAUUAAUAAAAUAUUUAAAACAAUUAAAAGUAAAAAAAAAAAAAACUGUUGAUAAUUUUAGUUAUAUAUUUAUGUAAAUAGCAAAGAAAAAAAAUAACGAAAUCAAGAGAAAAUUAAAUGAGACAUUAAUAAAAUUGUAAUAAUUAAAAAUCAGAGUAUUUAUAAAUUCCAUUAAUUAACCGAAUAUUUAUUUUCAUAUUAUCUACAUGUGAUGGUAAAAUAAAUUAUAUUAAUUAUCAUUAAACUACAACUCUUAUCUGCUCUUGAAAUUUUUUUAAACUAUAUAAAUAUUUAUCAUCCAAUUUGAUAAUUGGAUUAAAAAUAAAGAAAGAAAAUAAGAUAUAAUUAAUAAACAUAAUAGUAAAUGUUAUCUAAAAAAAUAAACUUACAUUUACGUAAUUUGUAGAGAGACAAAUAAUUUAUAUAGAAUAAAUUUAGAAAUACAAAAAACUAAA